AUGGAUUUCCUCAAGAAAAUGGCUACCGACGCAAUGAGCGGCGAUGAGAGACAACAACAACAACAAGGAGGUCAAGGUCAAUAUGGACAAGAUAAUGAACAAGGACAGUACGGACAAGGUAACCAAGGUGAUUAUGGUAAUGAACAAGGUAGUUACGGUGGUCAACAAGGUGGAUACGGUGGUCAACAAGGUGGCAAUGAAUAUGGUAACACUGGUGGUGAACAAUACAACAGACCUCACGGUGAAGGUGGUGCUGGUGGAUACUCUAGUGGUGGUGGAGCACCCACUAUCAACGAAAACACAGCUAUCAACGCUGCGAAUGAACACGCCGCCAACGGAAGCGAAAACUCAUCAUUGUUCUCAACUGCCAUGGGAUUCUUAGGAAACAUGAACAAAGAUGAUAGUGACGUAGAUGAGGACAAAGUUCAACAGCAACAUGACGAAGCUUAUUCGCAAGGUAACGCAGGUGGAAUGAGCGCCAACGCUAUUGGAAGUGCCGCAGCUAUGCAAGCUCUCAAGUCAUUCACUUCUGGGCAAAGCGGUGCUGCUUCUAGCAGUGGUGGUGGCGACAUGCAAUCCAAGAUCAUCGGUAUGGCCAUGUCCGAAGCUGCUAAGCUUUUUGACCAAUCUGGCGGUGCCGCUCAAGGCAACAAACAAGAUGCCGUCACUUCAGCCGGUCAAACAAUCAUGAAAUUACUCAUCAAAUCUCAAAUGUCAGGUAUGAUGGGCGGAGGUAAUUCUGGCGGCCUCUCAGGAUUAAUGGGAAUGGCUUCCAAAUUCAUGUAG